AUGCUUAUUCUUUGUCUGCCUGACACGGUCCCAGACGUUCUCGUCAUUGUCCCGCUCCACGUCCCCCUCCCGCACACGUCCCUCAAGCUGCCAUUGAACCUGCACACUGCGCCCCUGCUCACGCUCUUCAUCCUGCUCGCUGCGGGGGCUAUUGAUGGCGUGACAAUACGCGAGGGUAUACUGGGCACGGGCGGGGUCAAGCCGAUAGACGUGAUGGCGCUGUUCAUAUCUCUGGCGUACCUGUCGAUAUCCCUGGAUACUACAGGACUCUUCCGCUACCUUGCCUUCCGCGUUGCCAGAGGACCCUCGCGGAACCCGACCGGCCGCUCGGGUCUCCGGUUGUACAUCUACCUUUAUCUGUUCUGGCUCGUCAUUGCCGGGAUCGUCGGGAAUGACCCCGUGAUCCUCUCGGGAACCGCCUUUCUUGCGUACUUUACUCGUGUAGCGGGCAUAACUCCGCCCACUGCAUGGAUAUACGCGCAGUUCGUCGCAGCCAAUAUGGCCUCGCUCCCCCUCCCGCCCUCCAACCCGACCAACCUCGUCCUCACCUCGACCUUUGCGCUCCCCUUCCUCACCUACACCGCGCACGUCAUCCUCCCCUUCCUCCUCUCCGCCUUCCUCGUCGGCAUUGUCCUGGACGCCCACCCGCACCCGCUCAUCCCCGCACACAUCGCCCUCUCCGCCUCCUCCCCGGACGCCCCCGCGCUCCUCCUCGCCCCCCUCUCCGCGCUCGUCGGCUCCGUGCUCCUGCUCUCAGCGCUCGUGCUUUUAGUGGCAACGAGCUCCGUCCCGAGUCUGAGCGGGAGGGUGCGGGUGUGGGAGGUGACCGCGCCCGCGGCGGGGGCGAUGGUGCUGUCGGAUGCGUGGGUGGACUGGCGGAAGGGGCGCGGCGGGGGAACGCGGGAGGGGAUGGGGGCCAGCGGAGAUCCGCGGGCGCAGGAGAGAGGGGAUGUAGAAGGGGACGACGUGGAGAUGCGCGCAGUCAGGACGCGCUUCCCGACGGUGUGCGCCGUCGCGAGCCGCAUGCCGUGGGCGCUCGUCCCGUUCGCGUUCGAGAUGUUCAUCCUGACGCACACGCUCUCAACGCACGCGUGGGUGCCGCUCUUCGCGCGCUGGUGGGCCGCGUGGGUGCGCGUCGCGGGCGUGCUCGGCGCGGUGGGCGGGAUGGGCUUCGUCGGCUGCCUGGCGUGUAACGUCUGCGGGACGAACAUCGGCGCGACCAUCCUCCUCUCCCAGGUGCUCCAAGCAUCCUUCUCCGUCCCCCGCUAUCCCAUGUCGGAGGCGGAGAAGCAGGGCGCGAUAUACGCGCUCGCGGUGGGGAGCAAUUAUGGCGCGUUCACGCAGUGCUUCUGCGCGAGCCUGGCGGGGCUGCUGUGGGCGGGGAUAUUGAGGGGGAAAGGCAUCGUCGUCCGCCAGCGCGAGUUCGCAAAGAUCAAUUUCCCGCUGGUGUGUGCUGCGAUGUUGGGGGCGUGUGCGGUGCUCGUUGCGGAGAUGUAUGUGUUGUAUCCUGAUAGGUAGAGCGGCAUGGGAGUGGGUGGGAUGUAACGUAUAAUAAUUUCUUGGUUUCUUGGUAUGAUAUGGAAGGGAGACGUAGUUCAGAUACAGAUCGUACAGAUGAAUUCGCUCA